CAUAGCGACGUAGCUUUACACAAUUGCGGAGUAAAUAAUAUCUGAUAAUUAUGAAAAGAAUUCAAAUGUGUAAAAAAGUUAAUCGGAAUCACACGUUUAAUAGUCGUAAGUUGAGUUUUCUUUGAAUUUUAGACUUGAAUCAUAAAGUUACUCAGCUAAAUGCCGCCGUGAGCCCUGAGAUUCUUGUUGGUCAAAUAUGGCUGCAAGAUGAGCCGACAGGUGUAGAGAUUAUCGAACUUAAUACUUCGGAUGAAGUUGAUCCGGCUCCAGUGGAAAACAAAAAUGAACGUAUGGAUCAUGCCUGGAGCUAUUCUAAAACUGAAACACUGCAACACUUAGAAGACAACUACAAAAUCAACCAAAAAGCAAGAGAAAGGCGACGUAUGCAACAAGACCAUCGCUUUUUUAACACAAGCACUGCAACAAACACGCGUGAUGAAUAUACAAAUAACAAUUAUUAUGAUUCUGAUAUAGAUAAUCAAUACAAUGAGGACAAUCAUCUAAUCAAUCAUCAAGUAAAUUGUUUCACUAUAAUAAACAAACAUUUCAUUCAAUCCGAUUCUUCGUCAGAUGCGGAACUUGAGAUAGUUACCUCUAACGAUAUGUUAAUGGAAGGCAACCAGUGGGAUUCAGGGAACCUUCCGUACAAGGAGGAAAUCAUAACGUAUGAUCCUGAUUUAGAUAAAGAAGCACGCACUAUAUGGAUUUACUCGUUUAAAAAUAAACACCUUCUUGCAGAAGAUGAUUAUGACUGUGGUAAGACGGCUGUUAGGGAUAUUUCUACUUCUACUUCAUGUUCUACAGAAAAUGAGGAGGAAGAGAAAACUCAGGAAAGAAGUACGAAUGUCAGUCGCUUAGGAUCACCGAUACCUCCAGCUUAUAUACCAAGACUAAAUUUAUCUUUCGGUCCAACAUUGUCCACCGUUACCGAAGUAUCCGAACCGAACAAACAAGUGUCACCGAACCCUUCAUAUAAAUCCCCCAAAAGUGUAUUGCAGAAGCCAAUAAAUGGCUGGUUCAAAAAUGAAACGAACAAAGUCGACAGUGCGAGAUCGGAAAAGUUUGAAAAAUCGACAAACGUCAUAAACUGGAUGGCAUUAUCACCGAGAGAGAAAAGACGGAGGUCGAAAGAAACAGGAGACAAAUGGGUAGGUAACAUCUUAAAAUUAGAAACAUAUGAAGAAAGAUUAGCUAACAAAGCACAGGAGCUCACAACAAUAAAUUCAAUUCAACAAGAAAAGUCCCAUCAAGAGAAUUCAUUCAAGUUACAAGUGGAUGUCGAUGUCCACGUCAGUGUUGAUGACAAAACGCCGGAUAGAAGGUCUUUAGGAACACCAAAUGGUGGAGAAAUUGUUCUGAAGUCCAAAGUUGACGACAGAAGUCCGAUAAACUUAUUAAGACGUCUCCAAAUUGAAGCAAGUAAUACCUUAGACCGCGGGGACCAUGAUAUGAAACUGGUACAAACAGAAGUUGAUCCUGAUAUAAAAUUGGAAGAACCAGAGCGAGUUGAUUAUGACAUACAAUUUGGACAAACUCAACAGGUGAUGUGUCUUACUCCUCGCGAGCCACAUCCAUUAUAUUUACGUGUUCACGGACCAAUCGAUGCUCCUGAAGAGAACUUAAAAGUUGAUCCUGACGUUUGGGAUCGUGAAGAAAGCGAAGAGAAACAAACUGCUUCUUAUGACUAUCUAACAGACAAAAUGAAAUGUGCUGUAAAGGAUCCUGACGAUGUGUGGAUGAAGAAUAACACGCCGUUCCUACAACCAUCCGAAUGGAACGACUACGCUAGUCUAGCUGACAGCCCUCUCACAAUCCAAAUGUCGAUAAAUGAAACGGAAAUAAAACGCAAAACAUGGUUUAAGCGCGCUUUCAAACGAAUAAUAAAUUGUUGUCCAAUAAAAUCAGAAAAAUAAAACAACACGUUUUUAAUUGGCGAAUUUAUUAAAUUCAAUCACUAUCAACUUCC